AUGAGAGUAACAUUGACGUUGCCCAUAACCUUGACCUUGGUGGUCAUUUAUACGAAGUUGGGAGGGUCUCAACGAUCCCGUCAACGGCAUUUCCCCGAUGACUUCUUCCGAUUCCCUUCCACAGCUUCCAGAUUCUCCUUCGACUCCGAAUCCGACUCGUUCACUUCGGUUUCUCCGAAGGGGAAUUACAAGCUUUGGACGACCUUCGGAAAGCCGCAUAGAGCCGGUGCCGGAAAUUUCCCGAAAAUCCCCCAAGUUCAUCAAAGCCUGGAUUUCCCUCUCCGGGAUGUCCUCGAUGACGAAGACGACGAUGAAAGAGACGAUGACAGAUUCCUCCCAUUCCCAUCGCGAGUCCCCGACCCGGACUUCCUGGAGCCGAGCUACCCCAAUCAGGGUUAUCAUCAUGGAGGUGGUCAUUGCAAAUCUCCUAGAGGUGAACCCGGUGAAUGUCUCCCAAUGGUUAGAUGCGUCAAUGACUACGAAUCCAUAGAGGAGAUAGCCAGGGCAACCUGUCACCUUCCAAACGGUUCCCCAGGACUCUGCUGCCUAGACAAAUUCCGUUCUCGUGGAGACACUCUCGAACCAAUACCCGAACCGACGUCGAUCUCGGCUCGUUACACUCCCAGCGUAAAGUUUCCCGAACUCAGCCUCAAGGACCUCAAUGAUGCCUGCACGGAAGGACUGGAAUCUAUCGAUAAGCGGCUCCGCAUGGAACGAGACUUGUUCAGACGGGGAAUGGUGGAGGGACGAGGAUCGGCAGCUGGGUACCAUCAACAGCACCUUGGGGCCAACACAGACGCCAUCUCCUUGGGCUUCAAUGCCAAUCGCAACGUCGAGACCUGCCGAGCCAUCGUCCGCAGGUGGCGGCUGUCGGCAGACCAGGCCAUUUACGGCUUGCCGUAUUUCAACGUGACCAACACGCUCAUCAGCAACACGUGUCCUCAGGCGCCAAGAUGCAAGAAGACCAUCUAUCGAAGCCUGGACGGAAGUUGCAAUAACCUGAGGAACCCGGCAUGGGGUCGCGCACAGACUCCUUUUCAGAGAAUCCUUCCACCUGCAUACGAAGAUGGCUUCGAUGCGCCGAGGGUGUCGGUAUCAGGUGCACCACUACCCAGCGUACGGUUGGUGAGCAUCACCGUCUCGCCGGAUGUGGACCGUCCUCAUCCGAACAUCUCCUUGCUCCUCAUGCAAUUUGGGCAGUUCGUGGAUCACGACAUCACGUUCACUCCUGUCGAGAGGAUGAUGAACGGGACUGGAAUCAUGUGUUGCCAAAACGGGACAUUCCUUCCUCGUUCCCUCACCCAUCCUGCCUGUUACCCCAUCGCCAUUCCACCCAAGGACCCUUUCUUCUCCCGAUUCGGCCAGACUUGCAUGCCUUUCGUCCGAUCCCUCCCGGCUCCUCGGUCAGGAUGUAAUUUCGGUAUCAGAAAUCAGAUGAACGGGGUUACGGGUUGGAUUGACUUAUCCACCGUCUAUGGAUCCGGUGACGACGUGGCCAGGACACUGAGGGCAUUCCGAGACGGGAGACUCAUGAGUACAAAUGUGAACAAUCAAGCCAUGCUCCCGCUGGAUACCGAGAUAAUGAGGAUGUGCUCCGACGGUCGUCAGGACAUUCUCUGCUUCCGAUCCGGUGACACGCGUGUGAACGAAAACAUCGAAUUGACAUCGUUGCACAUCGUAUGGCAUCGGGAGCAUAAUCGACUUGCUGAAGCCUUGCAGCAGUUGAAUCCGCAUUGGGACGAUGAAACCCUGUACCACCAAGCCAGGAGGAUCAACAUAGCGGCUCUUCAACACAUGACUUACAAUGAGUUCCUGCCAAUCGUUUUCGGAACGGAAUUCUCGGCCAAAUAUAAUCUCAUCCCCCAACGCCAUGGCUACACGAAGCAGUAUAACGAGAGCAUCAACCCUACUGUGACGAAUGUCUUCUCCACUGCCGCCUACCGUUUUGGACACACCCUCGUCCAAGGAUGGAUGCAGUUGCACUCACCCCACGGAGACGUAUUCCGAGAGCUGGAAUUCUCUCGAAACCAGAAUAACCCAAGUGAGUUGUACCGACCAGAAUCUUUCGACGGGCUUCUUCGAGGAAUGGUCUCGCAACCCAGUCAGGAAUUCGACACCCAUUUCACCAAUCAGUUGUCGAAUCUCUUGUUCAGGGGAAAUAGAUCAUUUGGCCUCGACCUGGUUGCAUUGAAUACCCAGAGAGGUCGCGAUCAUGGCCUCCCUGGUUACAAUUUCUUUCGAGAACUCUGUGGUCUGCCCAGAGUGCACGAUUUCCACGGGCUACUCGACCUCAUCGACCCACCUCUGAUCGAGAAAUUCCGUCACUUGUACACUGAUGUGGACGACAUAGACUUGUACAUCGGAGGGCUGGCAGAGCGUCCCUUGGGACACGCUUUGGUUGGACCUACUUUCGCCUGCCUCGUCGGGGAUCAAUUUGCUAGAUUCAAACGAGCCGAUCGAUUUUGGUACGAAGAAGGCGGCACCUCCCAUUCUUUCACCGAAGGAACCCACGAGUGCCUUGUCACAGCGGAGCCAUCCCCAGUCCAAGCCUGGAACCAUGGAGAGAAGCAUAUCGAGGGGGUAGACUCUUCAAAAAGUGACACUUCCCUCUUUAGGUAUGCGGAGGAUGAUGCUGACAAUUUCCCUAUUGUAUGGACUAGAAGUGAUCGCAUUGCUCAGUGGUUCGAGGGAUAGAACUCCAAGUGUGUCAUUCGUCCAACAUGGAGUACAUUAACUUAUGAGCAGGGAAUCAAUUCGAAGUUACCUUAGAAAGGACUCGAUAAAUAUUGUUCAGGUUGGUGCUGGUGCUCGUCCAUUCCAUGGUCGUGCGUGAGAUUUGACUUUGGUGGAAUUUGUCAGGAAU